GGCUCCUCUCCCCUCAGCCGCCUCCCUCUCCCCUUCCCUCCCUCCGUCCCUCCGUCCGUCCCUCCGUCCCUCCCUCCGGCCGCCGGGCCGCGGCUCCUCCCCGCACCACCUUUGGCCGAGUCGCGGGAGUGCGCAGACGGCACAGCUCUUCGGCGGCAGCGGCUUCAUCCGCGCCGAGCAUCAGUCGGGAAAGGCGCGUCCUCCUCCCCUUCCUCCUCUUGUCGCUGYCCCCGCGGCCAUGGAGCUGCCCGAGAGCCAGUGCAAGAAAGUCAAGCUGAGCAACAGGGUGCCGAGCUGGGGAAUGCAAAGGGCAACCAAUGUUACCUACCAAGCUCAUCAUGUCAGCAGAAAUAAGAGAGGCCAAGUGGUAGGAACAAGGAGUGGUUUUCGUGGAUGCACAGUCUGGUUAACAGGUUUAUCUGGUGCUGGGAAGACUACAGUGAGCAUGGCACUGGAGGAGUAUUUAGUAUGCCAUGGUAUUCCAUGCUACACAUUGGAUGGUGACAAUAUUCGCCAAGGCCUUAAUAAGAAUCUGGGUUUCACACCAGAAGAUAGAGAAGAAAAUGUCCGUCGUAUUGCUGAAGUUGCUAAAUUGUUUGCAGAUGCUGGYUUGGUGUGCAUUACUAGUUUCAUCUCUCCUUAUGCUCAGGAUCGUAAUAAUGCCAGACGAAUUCAUGAAGGGGCAAGUUUGCCUUUUUUUGAAGUAUUUGUGGAUGCUCCAUUGCAUGUCUGUGAGCAGAGAGAUGUUAAAGGACUCUACAAGAAAGCCAGGGCUGGAGAAAUUAAAGGUUUUACUGGGAUUGACUCUGAGUAUGAAAAACCAGAAGCCCCAGAACUUGUGCUGAAAACUGAUUCCUGUGAUGUGAAUGAUUGUAUACAACAAGUUGUAGAACUUCUUCAAGAGAGAGACAUUGUACCAGUGGAUGCUUCUUAUGAGGUGAAAGAACUUUAUGUGCCAGAAAACAAACUACAGUUGGCCAAAACUGAUGCGGAGUCUCUGUUAACCUUGGAAAUAAAUAAGGUGGAUAUGCAGUGGGUACAAGUGCUAGCAGAAGGUUGGGCAACACCCCUGAAUGGCUUUAUGAGAGAGAGAGAAUACCUCCAGUGCCUUCACUUUGACUGUCUCCUUGAUGGGGGAGUUAUUAAUCUGUCAGUGCCUAUAGUGCUAACAGCUACUCAAGAAGACAAAGAAAGGCUCGAUGGAUGUACAGCAAUUGCACUGGUGUAUGAAGGUCGCCGCGUUGCCAUUCUCCGUAAUCCCGAAUUCUACGAGCACAGGAAAGAGGAACGCUGUGCUAGGCAAUGGGGAACGACAUGCAAGGAACAUCCCUACAUCAAGAUGGUUAUGGAACAAGGGAACUGGCUUGUAGGUGGAGAUCUACAGGUCCUUGAUCGUAUUUAUUGGAAUGAUGGACUUGAUCAAUACCGCCUUACUCCAGCUGAACUAAGGCAGAAAUUCAAGGAAAUGAAUGCUGAUGCUGUCUUUGCAUUCCAGUUACGCAACCCGGUGCACAAUGGCCACGCUCUUUUAAUGCAGGAUACUCAUAAGCAACUUUUGGAACGUGGCUACCGACGCCCAGUUUUACUCUUGCACCCACUUGGAGGCUGGACAAAGGAGGAUGAUGUUCCUCUCAUGUGGCGCAUGAAGCAGCACGCUGCUGUGCUGGAGGAGGGGAUCCUGAAUCCAGAAACAACAGUGGUAGCUAUAUUCCCUUCCCCCAUGAUGUAUGCAGGACCAACUGAGGUUCAGUGGCACUGCAGAUCACGGAUGGUYGCAGGAGCUAACUUCUACAUUGUAGGGCGAGAUCCAGCAGGGAUGCCACACCCUGACACUGGGAAAGAUCUCUAUGAGCCAACCCAUGGAGCCAAAGUGCUGACAAUGGCUCCAGGCCUCCGAGCACUGGAAAUUGUACCCUUCAGGGUUGCAGCUUAUAAUAAAAAAAAGAAGUGCAUGGAUUAUUAUGACUCUGAUCACCAUGAAGACUUUGAUUUUAUAUCGGGGACCCGCAUGCGCAAGCUGGCUCGGGAAGGACAGAACCCACCGGAAGGCUUCAUGGCUCCGAAGGCUUGGACUGUGCUGACAGAAUACUACAAAUCCUUGGAGAAGGCUUAGACCUCUUAUUAACUGCAGAUCAACCUUUGACGCCUGAUUUAUUUACGAGAAGGGGACCACACAGUCACCAUUCAUGUUGCUUUGUUGUGGUGUCUGUCAGGAAGUUCUCUGAAAACAGACUCUUUCUUCCUAACUUAGCAUCAUUCUUUGCCUGCCCUUAUGGGUUCUAUUAUGUCCUGGCACCUAACUAGCUGCUGGUUUUAAUGUCUUCUCUUUUAUUACAGUUAAUAUUCUUGCUGUAGGAUUUUUAACUCUUGUAUUUUUUUAUAUUUUAUUGCCUCUGUCCUGAGUUUUGCAGCUGUUAAAUAGAUGCAGCUUUUUCAUAUGUUAUUUAAGCUGCUGGGUAGUGUCUGGUUUUUGUAGUUCAUAGGAGAAAAUGUAACGGUUAGUCCCUUAACUAUGGAUAGAUUAUCUAUAAAUCAAAAGAGUAAAGAAUGUUUCAAAACAUCUGUAAAAGUGCCCUCAUCUUUAUCUCAUCAUUAUCAUCUCCAGAAGCACUUAAAAUUUAUUUCUGACUAUAUGUAAUCAAAAAGCAGAUUUUUUUUUAUGUAGCAUUAUUAAAAUUUUGCUUUCUUUGUUUAAUUUUUGAGUUUGAGUUCUAUGGUGAUUCUCUUCUGUUGUGGACCUGUAAAGAUGGACAAGUAAUGAAUAAAAGAAAAUAYCUAGUUUUCACAUUGAAUUGUUAACAAAUUCACAUAUUGUUUUUGUAAAYGCUUGCUGCCAUAGGUGUCAGUAUGUUUUAUUUCAUUUAAUGUAACUUGUUGGUUUUUUGAUUCCAGAUAUCCUUGAUCAGCCUACUACAACUUUUUUAAAAGCAUGACARACCAAGCGUAAAUUCAUGUUUAAUUAUUACAAGAAAAAUAAAGAAAAACCUUAGAUCUUGGCAUUUACUGUGGUAAAAAUGCUUAGUUCAGAUAUUAAUUUUCCAUUUAUUUUUCAAAGCCUCCAAAGAGUAAUCUUCUCGUUAGUCARCUUUGUUUGUUUUAAAGGCAAAGCACGUGUUCUUUUAGGAUUCUCCCAAAGUCCUGAAGAAAUGUAAAAAAUGAGAAGCAAAACCCUUCUUCAAGUGUAAGGUAACACCAGCCUGUUGUUAUAUUUUCAAGGAUUUGCAGGUAAUCAGUGGGACAGUCAUAACCUUUCUUAGGUAGAAACAACCUCAUAUUCUUGUCACAGAAACUUAUCUUGUUAAACAGUGUAUAGAGGAAAAACCAGCUCAAAACUGUUUUUAGAACGGUGAUGCUGGAUGAAGCAUGUGUCCAUCUAGAUGUUUUGGAUGCCAGGAAGGUGGUGUGAAGGAAUCUGUGUAAUGAAUGGGAUGAAUGCUACUUGCAGUCUUUUUGCAUGUUCACAGUAGCAUUUAAGACAAAUUCUUUGAGACUGACUUCCUCUUUUCUUACUCUGUCUCUGAAGAGAUAUAGAAUAUAUCUUUUAGUGGGAUUCUUUCCUCUAGAAAGAAUAGACAGUAAGGUGGAAUUGGGAAAAAACAAGUGGCUUGUGUAUCACCCAAUCACAACAGUUACUUGAGACUGUGUUUUGGUAGUGCCARGCUUAUUUCUUCAGAAUCACUGAACAGAUUUUCUUCAAGCUUGGCUUUCUUUUUAGAUUGUAUCAAUAUAGGAUGUACAAAAUUCAGAAGACAGAGYCCAUUCCUCUGCGUGCAGCUGUUUAUACAAAACUUCAAGUUUAACAUGAAGAUGAACUAGACUUGUCAGCUGCUAAAAUGGAAUUUGCUGAUGGAAGUUGCAGUUUGGACUCUUUCCUGUCAGGUUUGAUUCUUUUGCUAGCUGMGAUGAAAGAUAAAAAUUAUUUUGACAGAAUAGAAAAUGCAGGUGAAUGUCUACAGAGGUUAAUAUUUUUAAAAUGCUAUAUGAAGCCUGGAAAAGAAGUGGGAGUGAUGAAUGUGAAUCAUCCCGUGAAGUUAAUUUAGAAGUAGGAAUGCCUUCAAGCAAGUGAUGACAAGUGGAUCUAGUUUUCUAGACUUAACCCAUUUUGUUGUUAUCUUGCUUCUGCAAAGCAUUUUUUUGCAGGACUCUGUAUUGAAGAAGCUGCAAGCUUUUCUAACUUAAAGCCACAGCAUUCCCAGCAUAAUGCUAAUUGGAAACAGGAGCAUCUGAUCAAUUUGUGAGCAGGACUUGCUUUAUAGAACAGCAUUUUCUGAGCAGUGACCUCAGGAACAUGUCAUGCAACAGAAGAAAUGUCAUCCAUGGACCACUAUGUGAUCCAAUAUGAGGACAGGACCUAACAUUUGAUCAAUGUAAGCCAGACCUAAUUUUGCAGCUGGAAAAAUAAAAAGCUACAUUGUCUCACUCCUUCAUUUCCUAAAACAUCUUUUUUAAACUGGUAAAAUACUGGUAUGUACAUGAGUCAUGAAUCUAAGCAUUUGUAUAGGUGGGUUGUUACAAAGAGCAAUAAAAUCAAACUWCCAAGCACAUAGUCUUUCCAGAGACUGUUUAACAGUCAAGAGGAGUUUUACUCUGUUCAUUAGGAUGAGAAAUGUCAAAAAGUGUUCCCCCUGCAUCAUAUUGUCUACCUCUACAUUGAUCAACCUUAUAAAU